CCCUCUCUCCCUCCCUCCUUGCUCCUUUCAUCCAACUUCCUCUUCGUAGAUCUGUCUCUACAUCUUGUCCCUUUCUCCCUCCACUUCCUCCUCCACUCCUUAGUUUUGUUGUGCGGGAUCACUGCCCAAAGGGACAUGUGCCUGCGUUUACAUUGUUGCACUCAGAGCAAGUAGUAAGCGGUUGUAAGUCUUUCGAGUAGGAAGGAGAAAAUGUAUAAAUUUCGGCGGAUAGAGCCGAAUGCAGCGGCACUUUGAAUCGAUUCUUUUUAUUUUGCCCCAUAACUCCUGAAACACUCUGAUACGGAGGGAUUUGCCGCUACCGAAGUGUUAAUUGAGUGCAACAAGGCCCUUUGGGCCGAGACUGGCGGCGCCUUUGAGCGCGGCGAGGGCGGGGCGGUCAGGGCGGCGCAUCGAGACGCCACUCCUACGUUCGAUCUAUCGAUGUAUAUAGAGUUAGGUUGGAACGAAGCGAGAGUGAGAAAAUAGAAGGGAAAAAGGGGGGAGAGAGAAUCGCUGACGCAGCAGUUUAAUCGGUCGAAUGAGUCAGACGGCACUGGCCCUAGGUGGGUAGGCAACCUGCAGUAAUAAACAUUUUUGUGAGCUGCGGAGUUGUUUUUUUACGGGGACGUUGUUGGACUUUUUCUGUCGAGACAGGUCUGUCGAUCACUUUGAAACUAUAGCCUGUCUCUCAUGGAUAGCCAUAGCUCUGCGGUUAUCAGCGUACACGUGACGCUGUCUGAGCUGCGACCACGUGAUGAUCCCGCUUAUACUCAACGAUUGUUACUGACCUGCAGCGCGAUUAGCAGCUCUGAACAUAAACAACUGCAGGUCGUCAAGAUGCGCAGACAGCAGGUGUAGGUUCACUCGUCAGGGAAUGCCCCAGCCAUGACUCAUGCAGUCACAUAUUUGCAACGAGCUCAUUAUGCUGUUCGAGUAGGGUAGGGGAAGAUGCAACCAAUCGGCCUGCUCUACUUCUUCUGGAUGGUUUAUCCUGGCUGCCUUAAAAGAAAAUCUUGUCAGCAGUGAACGAAGACAGAAAAGCGUUAGUGUUUUAUAUGUUGUCUGAAACCUGACACCAACCUGACUCCAAACAGACUCCAAAGAGGAAAUGUUGUUCCAUCGGAACGCGGUUAGGAGCUCAAGGUUCCUCCUGAGAGCGGUGUACAGCUUAUCACGUGCACUCGAGAAUGUAAACACAAGUCCUAUUAAUAAUUAUCAGAUAUGGUCACGAUAUAAUCCGCGAGCAUUGCGUGCAUGUGCAACAGUUAUUGGCCAUCCGUCACGGGCAUGCCAACGCCCAUUUCUAUUUUCGUUCCGUAAUGCGUGAUGAGUCAGUGCAUCCAGCAGCGGCGCGGCGACGGCGGCGACGACGGCGGCGAUGUGAGGGUAUGCACCGCCUUGUCGCCGUACGACGUGUCGUGCCCGUCUGUGCGCUGCUGCCCAGCCCGGCACCGGCGGCGGGCUUCAGAAAUCCAACACAACAUCCCGAACGAUGAGCGAAGGACCCGGCGCGGGACCCCGCGGCGUGUUUUUAAUUACAGGGUCGGCUGACGCAGUGUGGCCUAGCUGUUUUGAACCUUUCUUUUCUUUUUGUUUCUGAUUUUCCAUCUGUCUGUACGUUACAGCAGCGGCGCGCGGGGGGGAUCGGACGGAGAUAACCGCAUGGCCAUGGCGGCGCGGGGGAGGAGCGGGACGCGAAUGGAAACUAUGUGUGGGCGCCUACUGUUCGUGCCUCUGAAGGUGGAGAUCGAAAGUGUAUAGAAAGGUUCCAUUUAUGGGCACGCGUGUUGGACUGGGUUCGCUUCGGCUGCCAGUACGGCUAGAGACUCGGUCGGUACUGCCACUAUGGAGGCCCUCCUCGUCCUGUCCCUCUUCUGCUGCGUGGCGACGCCCGGGGUGCGGGUGCAGGCCGACCUUCCCGGCGUGGACUCGGCCGCGCCCCCCGAGGCCAGGAGCGCCGCGGCCCUGCUCACGCCGUUCAUGAGGUCCCCGACGGCCACCCUCGUGUUGUUCGGGCGCACGCGUUGGACCGGCGCUUUCCUCGGGGAGCUGUCCGCGGACAUCCCGCGAGUGCUGAAUCCGAGUGUGCUUCCUCAGAAUUACGGGUAUUUGCCACACCCUCAUCUCGAAUACGUUCUUAUGGGCACGCACUGCGUACACCUUGUAACCGCUCACGGCCCGGAGGAGCUGCUCGCCGCCAUGAGGGCUUACAGACCUGUUCCAGUGAUUCGGGUCCUCUUCUGGGCCACGGUGGAGACUCCCCGAAACGAGGUGCUGGGGCGCGUCUCCCGUUCGGGCAUCUGGCUUGGCUUCCGUUAUGAGUACCGCAUGGCGCUCACCGCCCCUGACGGCAGCACCACCCUCUACAAUCUGACCUGCCAGGAGGAUGACACUGUCGCCUUCCGAAAGAGGGUGCUAGUCAUCUCGAGGGCGAACGAGUGGUUGACCGCCGAGCAGCGCUGGCUCCGAACGGCCGCCGUUUUCCACCCGUUCUGCACUGGUUGGCGCAGUGGAGGCAAGAGCCGACCCCUCACCUUGUUCCUUCUUACUGCGAAAGGCUUGACGACCUCGCACUCGAUCAAGGAGCUGGCGAAAAGCGUCUGUCAAAUGGGCCGAGAACAGCGGCAUCGCAUAGGAUCGCCGAAAACCGUAAGGUAGAAGGUAGUAUCGAGGAUAAGUGGUGAAAUUCGCCUCGCAUUUAGGAAGUGCGCUUUGGACGCACUCCUCGCAGACGUGCCUCUCAAUAUCCCGGGCGAAACGAUGGACAUAAACAAUGUGCUUGGCCUGGAGGUGGUCCCAGUCAUCGCCAUCGUGCCCGCGGGAUUCGGCACCGGCGUCAGCGUCCUAAAGGCAGUGACGGUCGAGUUCUCCGCUGGGCUGUGGUGCGCCACGGGAUUGGCCACCUUGUGCACGGUGCUGUUCUUGAGGUGCGCCAGGACACGGGACGUUAGCGGAGCGGUGUUGCAGGCGCUGGCUCCGCUGCUGGGUCAGGCGCCGCCGCCGCCCGGCCCGCCCCGGCCUAUGCUGGCCACCUGGCUGCUCGCCUGCGUCGUGCUGACCGCCGCCUACCAGGGCCUGCUGCUGGGCAAGCUAUCUUCGGCUGUACCAAGGCGUGACCUGGACAGUCUGCAGGACCUCGAGGACAGUGGGCUGCCCCUGAAAGUGCUAACAAACGUAAUGUACAGCCACAGUCUUCCACUGAGCAACAACUUGUCCACCCAGGCAGAGUUCGUGGCGUACCCAGAGAUCAGGACGAUCAUCGACACGAUCGCCACCGCCCGCAACUGCGCCCUCAUCACGAUGAUGGACCGACAUAUUGGCAGCCAUAUCCAAAAAUUCAUGAUACCGCCCAAGAAGUUGCAUCUUUUCCAGCUGCCCUACCCCGGCUACAGUGUCAUCGGCAAGGCAUCCCGGGGUUCGCCGCUGGAGCGGCCCUUGUCCAGAGCGCUGGCGCUCGUGGAGGCGUCGGGGCUGCUGUCGCGCUGGCGCAGCGAGGAGUACGCCCGGGAGCGCCGGCACCACGCGAGAAGGCCGGUGCUGCAGCAGGGCCCGCGGCCGUUGACGCUGUGGCAGCUGGGGUCGGCCUUCGUCGUGUUGGGGGUGGGCCAGGCUGCGGGCUUGGCCGCUUUCGCCCUCGAGGUGCUGUGCGCCUGGCACGCACGCUGGUCGAAGUGAAGCCAAGGGAGGACGCCCCUGCAUUUACAAAUACUCAUGUACCCCUGUACUGUACCUAUGAAAACCAAUAAAUGCGCGCUCCGCGCGCUAUGCAUCGGAAAAUGAACCCAAUGCGCGCUACGCGCUCUUUGAAUCUGAAUCUGAAAAUAUGAAUCCGCUGUAGAGCGCCCUACCGGACCACGUUGCGGCGCGUUGCGGGUCAGAAAAGUUGUAAGUAUUUAUCUAAAUCUUCAGAUAUUGUGAUUAUAAUUUCGUUCAACUGAAUUUUUUAAGAAUGUGCAGCCAUUCAAGCGUAGUGUGAUCAUUUAUUUACAUUCUUGUGAAAUGUAUUUCCAUAAAUUUCCAACUUUCGCUUCUGUUAUCUCGGCAGGCCCAAAGACAAAAAUCAUACACUAUGUUCUUUUCUUAACUGUGUGGCAGCUGGUUGAGCCGUGAGUUGUGCACGCGGUCGAGUGGCUUGUCCUGCGCUAAUCACCAAACGUUGUUUAACCUAGCGCGACAGGCCAACUGAUACGGAUUAUUAUAAUUUCCAAUUUCUCUCCCCGUCCCCACCCCUUGCCCCUUCCCACUCCUCAUCCGGAAACCCG